AUGUCUACCACCAGUAAACUGCCGCCCUCCACUUCAACUUCCUCUCCUCCUCUCCCAACAACAACUGUCUCAUCUAUUCCUCUAUCAUCCUCUAGUGCUCAAUCCUUCUCCACUCAUCAUCAUCCUCUUCAUUCAACCGUCGGAAGAAAAUCUCCAUCUGUCAUUUCUCUCACUUCAGAUGUCACCCAGUCAGUACCGUCAUCAUCAAAAAAUAACAAUAAUAAUAAUAAUCAUUCAGAGACACCGUCUCAGCAACAACAACCACCAAACAAUCAUCACACAAGAAAUACUUCAUCCUCGGCAUCUUCAUCGAAAUUUAGAACGCAUCACCGAACGGAAUCCUUGUCCAGUUUGUAUUUGGAAGCUCAUUUAGAAGAACCACAACUAUUGGAAAAUAAUUCUGCAACAAAUGCACCAAUUGUGGGAGCUUACAACAAGAUUCAUUACAAAAUUGUGGUACUAGGAGAUGCACAAACUGGAAAAACGUCACUGAUCAAUCGAUACAUUUCCAAUGCAUUUGAACGAAACUAUACACCAACUGUCAUUGAAUCCUUUUCAACAAGUAUUAAUAGUAAUCAAACAGAUUUUCAUUUAGUUUUAUGGGAAUUGAGUAGUUUAGAUAGUUAUGCAGAGAUGAGACCUUUAUCGUAUUGUAAUGUAGAUUUAUUUUUCUUAUGUUUCGAUGUGUCACGACCUGAGACAUUGAGAAGCAUCAAAAAGAAAUGGAUUCCUGAGAUUACAAAACAUUGUCCUGAUGUUUCAUUUCUAGUGGUAGGAUGUAAGACAGAUUUGAGACGAAUUUUUCCGUCACAACAGACGGAUCAAAAAAGAAGAAGUUUUCGGAAAUCAAUUAUUCAUCGAACAUCUCUAAAUUCUUCUCCUGUAUCAACGACUUCAACACCUCCCAAAACAGCUAAGAGUGAUUCUAAUUUGUCAAUGAGAGAAUUGGAUGAAUUGAGUGGUAGCAUGGGUUCUGAUUAUUCAUUUUCUUCGAGUUAUUAUGAUCGACCAUUAACAGAAAGACCACAUCAUCGAUUGGAUAUCACAAGUAGCAGUGGUGGUGUCAUUGGUGCAUCCAACUCGAUGAGUUCCAUGAUGAAUGGCAGUCGAGGAAAUUUAUCAUCCAUCGGCUCAACAAGUCCAUCCUCUUUUGUGAAAAAGAAAAACAUUGGACUCAGCAUUUUGAAUGCAUUAGGAAAAUCGAAAGAAAGUCUUUUCACACAGUCACCUCCCUCCUCUCCUGUAAAUAGGAAUAGUCAACAAGUUGCGAUUCUUAAUUCAACAACAACAACGAAUGGAUCUAAUGGUAGUUCUAUAGAUAUUGUGAUUGAUACGAAUGAGAUUGAAAUUGAUUUUUCACCCUCUAAAGACAAACAACAGUCACCAAAUCGCUCUAGAGGUUAUUCCACUCGAUCUCGUUCGCUGCCAAUCAAAGAUUGGACAAACCAUUUCAGGCAUUCCGUGUCCGCAGAACAAUUUGAAACUGAAUUUAUUCAAAAAACUCCACGAGAACUCUUUAUGGAAGGAGAUUAUGACACACCUUCUCCUCGUGACUCGAUAUCACUGUCGAAUAACGAAAAUGAAUCUGUUUCAUAUUUGGAGGCAAGAAAAUUUGCUUCAAAAGUACAAGCAUGUGGAUAUAUUGAAUGUAGUGCUAAAAUUACUCUCGAUUUUAAAUCAGUGAUCAAUGAUGGAUUUACACAAUUUUUGGAGAAUCGAUCAAAAAAGAAAAAGAGUUGUGUCGUCAUGUAG